UUUUUUAUUUGAAAAAUAUCAACAGAGCUUUAUUUAGCUCUGUCGGUACAGAGUAUUAUACUCAUUUAAUUUGAGUGUUGUAGCUAAUAAGCUCUGUGUUGGUAAGCCUGGUUGUUCGGUACUAACUUCAUUUAGUUGCUUUGCUCUCAACGCUUUACUAUAUCUUCUCGUCAUUGUCUUUGUUCAUUGAUACUGACUGUUUUUUCAAUCCGUUAUAUUAUUAAUUUAAUUAGUUAAAAUAUAUUAGUUAUAAAUUUUGUGACCAUAAUGGUGAAAACAGUGUACUUGAUUGGUGAUGUGUUAAGUGAAUUAGUUGGAAAAAAAUCACCCUCUCUGAAAGAGGUUAUGUCGCUUUUAUUUUAUUAUCUUGAUACGAAAAAUUUUUCAGUUAAAGAAAGUAUAUCAAUCACUAUCGACAAAGUUUUUGAAAUUUGGUGUGCGGCACAAAUCCCGACAAGAGAGAAAAGAUCUGCUUUUUUGAAACUAAUCUCAAAUCACAAUCGAUGGAAGAAUUUACAAAAAAACCGUAAAAUGAAAAAGUCAAAGUCUCAAAAAAAAAAAGGAAUCCGUUUUUCAGGAUGAAUUAAAUAAACUAUUUGAUGUAGCUCAUGCGGAUGUUUUAAAUAUACUGGACAAAGAAAAAAGAUUAUUUUAUUUGGGACAAAAAUCUUCCAGUCGACGUGGUUUUAUUUCAUAUAAUUCUCAACCAAUUUUAGAAGAUGUCGAAGACAUGGAUGUUGAUAUCAGCAAUUAUGAUAAUAAUAACAAUAAUAGUGAUAAUAAUAGUGAAGAGAACAUUGAUAGCAAUGAUAAAAACUAUAAUAAUAAUGGUAAUGAUAGUAAUAAUAAUGUCGGAGAGUUUGAUAACGACAAUGUCAACUAUUAUUGUGCAGUUGAGACUGAUGAUGUUGCUAAUCAUAAAAUAUCAAGUCAUCCAUCUCAAUUAUCCCAGAAAUCUUUGGAAAGUAAUACUUCUCGUAUAAUCUCUGAUUAUGAAGAUGAAAUGCCAAAACAACAAGUUCCAAAAAUUGAUAUAAUGACACCAGAACUUGCUGCGGCUUUGGAUAGAGCUAACGUGACUAGUAGGAUGGCGACUUACAUUAUUGCUGCUUUAUUAUCUUGCUUGAACAUUGAUUGUGCAAGCGUAAACUUUAGUCAUGUGACUAUUCACCGAGCAAGGGAAAAAUUCCGGAAAGAAGCGGCGUUAAAUCUGAAGACUAAUCUGGAAACUGACAAUUAUGUACUACAUUUUGAUGGAAAACUGUUAUCAGAUAUUACAGGUACAGAACAAGUUGACCGGCUUCCGAUUAUUUUAUCAUCAUCAGGGAAAUUUCAACUGUUAGGAGUUCCUAAACUAGAAUCUGGGACUGGACAAAACCAAGCUUCAGCUAUUAUUAAAACAGUAAAACAAUGGGAUAUUAAUACUGACAACAUCAAAGCAUUGUGUUCUGAUACUACGGCGUCAAAUACGGGAAUCAGAAAUGGUGCGUGUGUAUUAGUAGAAAAGGCUCUUAGUAGAAAACUGUUGUACUUGCCAUGCCGACACCAUAUUUUUGAAAUUGUUCUUCGAAGUGCAUUUGAAGUAUACUGGCCUGCUUCGUCUGGCCCAAACGUUCCAAUUUAUCAGAGAUUUAAAAAGAAGUGGGAUGAAAUUGACCAAUCAAACUUUACGGCUGGUAUUUAUGACAAAAAAGUUUUGGAAGUAAUAACACCAAUCAAAGAUGAGAUUUUGAAAUUCGUUAAUAAUCAAAUAGAAAUGGAUCAUUGUCGAGACGAUUACCGUGAACUUCUGGAAUUAUCAUUAAUAUUUUUGGGUACUACUACCACAAAUAUUACAUUUAAGCAUCCUGGAGCGGUCCAUCAUGCAAGGUGGAUGGCUAAAGCAAUAUAUAGUUUAAAAAUUUUUUAUUCAGAAAUGAAUUUCAUCUUACUAAAUCGGAAAUAGAUGGAUUACGAGAACUUUGUUUAUUUAUCAUAAUAUUCUAUUUAAAAGCUUGGUUCACUGCGCCGUGUGCUAUAACAGCACCUAAUAAUGAUUUAACUUUGAUUAAAGAAUUAAUUUCAUAUGAAAGAUUUAAUAAUAGUCUUUCACAGACAUGCUCACAAAAAUUAGCCGAUCACUUGUGGUAUUUAAACAACGAGCUGUCUGUUUUAUCUCUCUUUGAUAAAAAUGUUUCAGUUGGAACAAAAAAAGAAUAGUUCAUGCUCUUAAAAACUGUAAAGCCAAUGAAACUACAACAAAUCGCUUUAUAAUAGAUAAGAAAAAUUUAGAGUCAUUAUUAAAUAAAGAUCUUAGUCAAUUUAUGUCUAUGAGAUCGAUUAAUAUAUUUGAAUCGUUUGAUUUGUCGUAUGAGUUCAUUGAUGAGGAUGUUACUUUGUGGCCUCAGAAUCCGAAUUUCUUAGAAAACUUGGAGUAUUUCGGGAAACUUCAAGUUGUGAAUGAUGUAGCAGAACGCAGCGUGGCAUUGAGAGAGCAGUAUAAUCGAUGCUUAACGAAAGAUGAAGAACAGCUUCAAUAUUUGUUGCAAGUAGUGACAGAACAUAGAAAACAAUAUCCUAAUUGCAAUAAAAGUAAUUUUAUAAAACUGUAAUAUUUUCAAGUUGAAAAAUUGUUGUAACAAGUUGUAAAUAUAGUUUUUUGUUAUAAAGAAUUA